CUUCAUGAUGUCGUGUUCAUCUCUGAGGAAUCAAUUCGUCGCGCAAAACGCAAGCAAGCGCGCGAGACAGCAGCGACACGAGGACGAAGCCCUAGAAGCACUCGAUGUGCUACACCUGUACACGACGAUGCCGCUGAUGAUGAAACAGCCUAUGCUGCAGAUGCGGGUGAUGAUCACGGCUCAGCAACGCCUGCAGCAACGCGUCGUGUGCUCUUCGUUGACGCUGGCGAUCCUCCUUGUUGUCAGUACCAUUGUGAGCGGGGAGGUGGUGCUGCUGGAGGACGAUGCUGGCACGCUGUUCGUCAACACCACAACGGCAGGUGCGAGCGUGUUUAUCAACGGCGUGGACGUUGCACGCCUUCAGACCAGGGUGGAUGAGCAGCACGCGAUCCUGCAGGCGCAGCAGCGCGCUUUGGCCAAGUUGGAGGCAAGCCUGUGUCGACAGCGCGGUGUGUCCACAGACGUCACAAGCAUCACCUGCUUCGGGGAAGGCAGUUCAAGGUGGCUUGGUGGCGUGGCGGCACAGGACGGCCGCAUUUUCGCCAUGCCAAGCGAUGCAGAUCACGUGCUCAUCAUCGACCCAAGCACCAACACGGUCGACACCACAACGCUCAGCGGUCUUGGUGACCAGGAAAUUAAGUGGGGUGGCGCUGUCCUUGCUGACAACGGCCUCAUCUUUGGCAUGCCGUGCUUUGCCGAUGCCGUUCUCGUCAUUGACCCCGUCCAGAACACGCUCGACGCCACGUCCAUGCAGGCGACAUUUGCGUCACCAGGUUACCUCAGCGGCGUCCUAGCACCGAACGGCCUCAUCUUCGCCAUUCCAUGGUCUGCAAGGGCUGUGCUGAUCAUCAACCCCGAAACGCUCGCGUUGGACACAACAACGAUGCCUGUGCCAAUAAUCAGAGUCUCCAAGUGGUAUGGGGGCGUGGUCGCGCCAAACGAGCUCAUCUACUGCGUGCCGCGCCGUGCCGAUGCUGUCCUCAUCAUCAACCCAGCUACGAACACAACAGACACAACCACCAUCACAGGCUUUGGGGUAGAGCUCAAGUGGCGCGGCGCGGUGCUUGCACGCAACGGCCUCAUCUACGGCAUGCCCGAGCAUGAGUCGUCUGUCCUGAUCAUCGACCCAGCCACCAACACCACCGACACGACCACGCUGCAAGUUGCUGCUGAUGUGGCGGAUCAGCGCUGGGGCGACACUGUUCUUGCGCGCAACGGCCUCGUUGUGGGCUUUCCAGCCGACUCGGCGAGUGUGCUGCUCAUCAACACUAACACCAACACGGUGGACACGACAUCGCUGCCCGUCAACCGCACUGUCAACGCGUGGUGGGGCGGUGUGCUGGAUGAAUCAAGCGGCCUCAUAUAUGCAAUCCCGCGAGACAGCAACGCCGUCCUCGUCAUCGAUCCUGGCUGCUGAGUUGCUGCUCAUGGUGGUGGUGGUGGUGGUGUUUGUGUGUGUGUGUGUGUGGAAGUGUACAUGGUAACUGUAACUGUAGCUGUGUAGGUUCAGUUGUGUGUUGAUGUGUUGGUGGUGUACGUGCGCGAUUGGCUCCUGCUCAAGCAAUACAACCUUUGCUCAA